CAACCCCAGCAAUUCAUCAAAUAAACGCGGCACUGCCAUCUUUAUUGUGUCGAUUUGGAUUUUGGCUUGGCGCCUUCCUGUUGGUUUCUCUCAGUAGUAGUGAUAGUGUGUUACACGUUACAAAAUGGCUGGAGGUAAAGCUGGUAAGGACUCUGGCAAAGCUAAAGCAAAAGCUGUCUCAAGAUCAGCAAGAGCUGGGUUACAGUUUCCAGUGGGCAGAAUUCAUCGGCAUUUAAAAAAUAGAACUACAAGUCAUGGACGCGUUGGGGCCACGGCAGCGGUUUACUCCGCGGCUAUUCUCGAAUAUCUUACAGCAGAGGUGUUGGAGUUGGCUGGCAAUGCAUCUAAGGAUCUGAAAGUGAAGCGUAUUACACCUCGGCAUUUGCAGUUGGCCAUCAGAGGAGAUGAGGAGUUAGACAGUCUUAUCAAAGCAACCAUUGCCGGAGGUGGUGUCAUCCCUCAUAUUCACAAAUCUCUCAUUGGCAAAAAAGGUGGACCUGGAGCACCAGUCUAAUGAAGAUACAAGGAAGAUAAUAUUCACAAGCACAUGUCGCCGGGUUAACAAUCAUUAUCAUUGUAAAUUUGGUCAAGCAAUGGCUAUUGUGGCUAAAUUAGUUUUAAGAUUAGUGACGUGGGGAGUGCAGUGACACAAUUGUCUGGACUUAUUAGUUAUAAGCCAUAGAAUAUUUAGAAUAAGGAGAUUUAAAUAGGAAUUAAUUGUGUAAGUUAAGGGUUUCACAUUCUCUGUUCUUCAGGAGAAAUAUUGCAUCCUAGUGUUAUACACUUGACGCGGGAUACCGCCAUUAAUUUUGUUUACAUAAGUAAAUUCUCCAAAUUUUGUUACUUGCUCUAAGCUUUUGUAUUUGUAAUUUGCAGCAUUUUAUGUUUGUGUAACAAAUUGAAUAAGCAAUGAUAAAUAGUUUGUAAUUUCGUAUUAUGAAACUGUUACAAAUUGUAAGAAAUGUAUUUUGACCUUUAAAAUAUAUUGGACGUAAAAUUUG